AGCCCUGCCUGAGGAUUGGGAAAUAAGAGCCCUCCCACCCACCUCCUGCUAGGGCCAAGGGAGCGGGAAAGCUGCCUGGAGCCACCCCUUCUCCAGGCAGGGGAAAGCUGGAUGCGGGGGAGCGAGCCAGGAACAAACCUCGCCUGCGCUGGUGGGCAGAGCCACAAGCAGGGAAAGCCGGGAACAGAAAAGAGGCAUUUCACGCUCUCGUCUGAGUCACCGAAGUGUAUAAAAUCAAGGCCAGGCAAUCGGAGCCACACACAGCGGAGGCACGAGGCAUCAGGACUUCUGGACAGAUCUUGCAAGUUAAUUGCAAGCCACUUAGGAGAAGGAUGUUUUCACGCUUGCUCAUCCUCUCUCUGCUGGUGGGGAACACGGCAUCAGGCCCGGUGAGCAGAGCAGAGCCUGCAGCAUCCAGGGACAUCACCACCUUUUUCCAGCUGGCUCAGGAAGACUCCUGGGAGAACGUUAAUCUCACCAGCAUGUCCUGUGAGGAUCAGAAGAACAGGACCUGGAUCACCCUGCAGCUGACCAACAGCAGCCUGACAGCUUUCCCCGUCUGCCUUCCGGAGACCCUGGAGACCUUGGAUCUCAGCAACAACCUCUUAGAAGAGGUGAACGGCAUGGAGAUAGCAAACCUCCCACAGCUGCGCACCCUCUCGCUGAGGCAGAACCAUCUCCAGGCAGUUCGAUGGGGAUCUGAAGACCUCAGCAGUCUCCUCUCCCUGGACUUAAGCUUUAAUAAGCUGUCCUCUGUGCCAUCAUGCCACAGCUCUGCCCUGCCUAACUUGAGGUGGUUGUCCCUGGCUGGAAAUCCAUUGAUUGAAAUCCAGCCACUGGCUUUUUCCUGUUACCCUCAACUACAGUUCCUGAACCUCUCUGCAACACUGCUCGGGCAGGAUGACAGCAGAGGAAUUAGGGAGUCUGCUUUUGCCAUCAGCAUAUCUCCCAGUGAGGCCACAAACAGGCCUGGAAACACCAUCAGGGUGCUUGAUCUGAGCGGGACCUUUCUUGAGAAAAUUCAACUAGAGUGGGCCAGAGACUUGCCCAACCUCAGAUCACUCCACCUGACAAAGAUGUCACGAUUAAGAAGCCUUGAUACUGACUUCUUCAAGUCCAUGCCUGGUCUCCACGAGCUGAACUGUCAAGACUCCCGCUCACUGGGUUUUGUGAGGACAGAGAUGUUUGACAGUGCUCCUCAUCUGAGCCAUCUCUCGUUUGAGAACUGUAACCUGAGUUCCUUUAAUGUUUGGAAUACCACCAAUUUAUCAGAUAGCAUCAUCAUCAACUUGUACGGAAAUCCUCUGUUAUGCGACUGCCAGCUCUCCUGGCUGCUCUCCAACACCAAGAAAGUUGUGCUGCAAAAGGCUUGGGAGACUUUUUGCAACACAUCCCGUGAAGAUUGGGGCAGACCUUCAACAUCUUUUUCUCUGCUAGAGCUCUACGAUAAAUGCCAGUCUGAGAGAAACGUUACGCUGCCCGAUUCAAACACACCCUCUCCUGAACACGAUGCUUUCAGCCUUACCAGUUAUGAUGCCACUACUGUAGUAACAACAACAGACUCUGCUCCGCUAACCAAAGACACUUACACCAGCUCCCUAAUUCAGAGGAAUGUAACGAGCAUGAUGGCAGCCAACCCGACUGAGCUGAUGCUCACAAAAGCCAACAGUUCCUCCCACAAGGAGGAGGCACUUUCUGAAUCCACGAGCAAUCCCCCUUCCUUCGCAUCCGUAACCAUCUCCCUGGGUUUUCUCAAAGAACUCUAUAGUCAGUCCUCAGAUUAUGGCUCCACGAGUCAAACUGAAACACAUCAGCUGAAGAGAGAUCUCAGAACAACCAACGCGACGUUUCCCCAGGAAGGCCCAUUCAACCAGCCCACUAGUGAUUAUUCUACUAGAGCAACAGGAAACCCCGAUGCAACUGACCAUUAUAUUAACACUUCUGCCACUCAUGCUGGGGAAGGUACACCACAAACAACCCUACAACACCUGAACUCCACAAGGAGCAAUGCUCGGUCAGAGCCUGCAUCCACCAGAUCACUGAUACACUAUGUAGAUGACUAUGAUUACGAUGAACAGUUGACGGAAACCCCAGUGCAACUGGUGUACACCUCCUGUGACUACAAUCCUUGCAGGCACCUUCAGAAGCCAUGCAGUGAACUUCAGAGUGCAUCCCAAUGUUUAUGUCCUGGCAUGUCGAGGGAAGAUGAGGUUCCAGAUCCACCGAGGCUCAGAGAGGUGUCUGAAGUUACAGACAGCUCUGCACAGAUAUGCUGGUGCGCCCCAAAUUCAGUUGUUCACACCUAUGAGCUGACACUUCAUGCCCAUGGCAACGAGGACAGACAGUUUGUCCUGGACAAUAUUUAUUCCACAGCAAGGCAGUACACUCUGUAUAAUCUAUUACCAUACACCACUUACCACAUUUGUGUGACUGCUUCAAACAAAGCAGGGUCAAGCCAGACAGCAAGUCAGGGAAUUCCAGGUAAUUCGUGCACCAGAUUUAAAACAAAACCCAGCUACAAGUCUGUCUUUGUUGCUCUGUCUGCAGCAAGCGGACUCUUUCUCAUUUCCACAAUUAUUUUGUCUGUAUGUCUGUGUAAGGCAUGUAAAAAGCCUCAGAGUGAGCAGUAUGGUACACACUUAGUCUCUUACAAGAACCCAGCAUUUGAUUAUCCGUUAAAACUACAAACCACUAAUUAGCUCUAGGUGAUUGUUCUAUACAUUCAAAGCUCACUGUCUCUGUCACCUUGGUAUGUUUUCGUGCGACUCUCAAAAUGUCCUUCAGCAAAACUAUGAAACAUCAGACUCCGUAUCCCUUAUGUUUCUAAGGGAGAGAAAAACACAAAAAAAGGAAAACUAAUAAUGAAGGUAGUCAAACAGAAAAAGCCUUUGGACUCUUGUUCAUGUGCUGAGCAGCAGCAAACCUAGACACUAACCUUAAAAAGUUGUUUUUAUAAUCACCUACAAAUAUACCAGCAUACAUUUCACACAGUGAGAGGCUGCCCUGCCAGCCGUCUGCCUCCAGUAUCUCUCUCAUGGAUACAGUCUCCUGAGAGCCAUGAUCCAAGAUGCAUCUAGCUAAGCACGAUACACUCUGCUUUUAUUCACAUAAGUGAAGUUGGGUUUUCAAUUUCUUCUAAUGUCCAUAUAAAGGUAUUAUCCAAAACGAGAGUUAUUAGUGGAAGGAGUGAGAGAAAGUUCUCCUUGGGCUCAAUGGCAAGGUGCUGUGCAGAUCUAACUCCAUUAAAUAACUCCAGUUGACUGCAACUGCUCAGCCCAGCUUCAGCCCAGGAAAAAAACCAGGAAGAUUAAUUGUAAAAAAGGACAGUGUAGGAUCCUUAGGGCAGGGAUAAUUGUUUUAUUCUGAUUUUGUAUGAUGUUGUCCACAACUGAGGCUCCCAAGUACUACCACAAUACCACUUUACAGGCAGUGAGGAGUUUCCAGUACAGCAGUAACCCACAGAAGGGGGGAGUACAUUAGUAUUUGCUUCACAAUUGGUUUUAAGCAGUGAUGAUUGCUCAGUCCCAUCUACAGAUUUAGCAGGCUGAUGAUUUACCUCAUACGGAGGCAAGAGCCAAGUAAUGAAACAAUUUAAUGCAUAUGUUGCUGAGACUUGGAAAACUGAAAUCCCAUCCACUAGCAGCAGACUGUUAUGCAGACAUUUUUCAAAUGUACUUUUGGGUGCUAAUUUCUGCUACAAAAAUAAUCAGAAAUGCUGAGAAUUUCAGUUCUUCAGCAGCUUGGAGCUUGCCAUUAAAAUUCAGAGAUGUUUGUGUAAGGGGAGGCGUUUGUCCCCAUGAAAUAAUUCCUAUUCAGAGACCCAUAGGUUUAUGUUUCAGUAGCUGCGUGUUUCUGCUACUGCAUACUGCUGCUGUAUAUAUGCAAUAUGUAAAAUCGCCCCAGAUCUCAGAGAGUGAAAGGUGCUAUACAGUGUAAAAGAGUCUCUGUUAUGUUAAUUUUUUUUUAAAUGCUUACAGUAUUAAUGGAAAUAAAAGCUACAGAGUU